AUGCCGUUCGGAAUCAUUGAUUGCAAAAAGCUGGAGGUCGUUCCGGGUACCGCGUUUAUGAGCGAUCAGGAUGACUUGCCUCCCGAAUACGCCGAAAUUCCCCGAGAGCUAUUAAAACAUGGAAAAGGAAGAUUUUCGGACAUCAUCCUGAUCCCCCAACCUUCAGAUUCACCCAAUGAUCCUUUGAACUGGCCUCAAUGGAAGAAGGAAUUGAUUCUUCUUAUUGUCAGUCUUUCCGCCGCGGUCGUGGGAGCCUUCGGCCCUAUGCUCAGCCCAGGAUUCGUGGAAAUAUCUGAGCAACUCAACAUCACCGUCGAAAUCUUAUCACAGGCCACCGCCUGGCUAAUUCUGACAAUUGGACUGGGGCUGUUCCUGACCAACCCUCUGGCCAAGCUAUACGGGAAGAGGCCGAUCUAUAUUCUUGCUAUUUGCAUCAUGUUUGCAUGCAGCGUUUGGGGAGCUAAGGCAAACAAUUAUAGCUCUUUCCUGGCCAGUCGUGUCAUCUCGGGCAUUGGCAUGGCGCCUUAUGAGGUCCUUGUUCAAUGUACCAUUGGCGACCUUUACUUUGUGCAUGAGCGAGCCACCCGAAUAGCAGUAUGGAAUUUGUUCCUUCUCACUGGAAUUUCUGGUGGUGCUCUGGUCAGCGGCUACAUUAUCGAAUACGACGGCUAUGAAUGGACCUUUGGAGUGUGUGCCAUCUUUUUCGGCGUCCUCAUGUUGGGAGUUUUCUUCCUCGUCCCCGAAACGUCAUACCGGCGCGAUGCUGUGGUGAUCAUCCCAGAGCAAGACCCAGUCGAGGGUGAUGCUGAAAAGCCAGGAACACAACAUAUUCACAUGAAGUUAGGCCACGAACAUGACAUCUCCCAAGCUCACGGCGAGAAGGACAAGCACCUUUCUUAUUCGUUGUCUCGGGGUUCGGCUGAGCCAAAAAUGUCAUACUGGCAGUCGCUGCGCAUUUUCACUGGACGGUACAGCUAUGCGCCCAUCUACAAAAUCUUCACAAGACCGGUUGUCCUGUUCUUCUAUCCAGCAGUGUUCUGGGGAUUUUUGAUUUAUGGUACGACCCUGACUUGGAUUGUCGUAUUCUCGGUGGUGAAUGGAGUCAUCUUCGUGUCGCCACCAUACAACUUCUCGGUAUCACAGACCGGUUUAAUCAGUCUCUCCCCAUUUGUCCUCACGCUGAUCGGAGAAGUAAUCUCGGGUCCGCUCAACGACUGGAUCUGUGUCUACCUGACGAAAAAGAACAAAGGGAUUUAUGAACCUGAAUUCCGCCUGGUGCUCAUCACUGUGGUCAUCAUCCUGGGGACGGUGGGAUUUUUUGGGUUUGGCGCAACGGUGCAUUAUCAGACACACUGGUCCGGUCCUGUGUUGACAUUCGGAUUUGCCAACAUGAGUCUCGCCUUUGCCUCGACCUGUGUGUUUGGUUAUGUGAUCGAUUCGUAUCCAAAAUUGAACGAGGAGGCAUUUGUGGCCAUCAAUGCUCGAAACCUGUUGACCUUUGGACUAACCUAUUUCGUCAAUAACUGGUUGGCCGAAGACGGCCCAUUGGAGGUGUUCUGCAUUCUGGGGGCCCUCUUCUUAUUCGAUAUUCGGAAAAAGGAUUCGGUCGUGGAUCGGGCGAAACGAAUGGCUCCAGAGAUAUAUGAAUGA